AUGGAGCGCGCCAUCCCCCAGCACCCAAACGUCGACGAAGAGACAAUUGUCUCAACAGCAUUCAGCACAUAUUUAUCAGCGGCGUUUGAGGACCUGGUGAAGGCAUUGGGGCUGUACGACAGGUGUAAUCAGGCACUCAGCAGAUAUGUGCAAAUUUCACGACAGGAUGAUACCAAACGUGUCCUUGAGGCAUUCAUCACACACUUGCCGGUUGCCGGGCGAAUCACGCUAAUACGGGAGAUUGAGGAGAAUUCUGCCAAUGCACGAAAACUCAGGCAGCUGAGAAAUUUCUUAGUCGACGCCCUUCUGAAACCUGCUCGAAACGUUGGGCUUCAAAGCCUAACUAUCUCUCCAGGGCUAGCAGAAGAAUUCGAAGACGACAUCGACACAGCCAUGAUCAAUAUCGACCCGUCAUCUCGAAAUCAACAAUCAGUCCUCAGAGAGAAAUGCAUGAUACGGGAUGGUUGUGUCGUUACCAGGGCGGUAGAUAACAACCACUUCUACACCAAGCUACCUGCAGACCAGCGUUUUCGAAUUCGUGACUAUUUAGAGUGCGCCCACAUACUCCCAUUGUUAUUUAGGAAUUUUGAUAUAAGUAAGCCUCUCGAAGUAAGUCUGAAACCUCAUUAA